UAUUGCCCGAACCUUGAACCGGACUUCGGUCAGGUUCAAAACGGUUCAGAACCGGACCUGGCCAUCACUACAACCUACCUCGUACAUCCUCGAAAAGCUAUCCUAGAUGCACUCUAAGAAGGCCAUCCAAGACGGGGCUAUUUCCUCGCAAGGUAUCGCAGGCCUUCCAAUAUUCGCAAGGUCGUAUGUGGUUUUGUUAGGCCUCGUCAGGUUUGAGCACUUUUGCUGAUGGAAUAUAAAUUAAAUGCCGUAUCCUUGCCGUAUCCUAAUAUGAGGACCAGCGCUGUCAGUAACUAACUGCAACUUCAUGUACCGCACCAUGGUCACCCACAUCCUUUGGAAACUUGUCCUUUCAACAAGCUCUGCACUCGUCGCAUUCGGAUGUUGGAAGUUAGGAGAGCGAGUUUGGCACACUCUUAGGUCCUCACUGCGCACACUACCAGGCCCAAGAGGAACAAGCUGGCUAUACGGGAACUUGAAGGACACUUUCAGCGCGGAGAAUUCAGUCCUUCACGAGCAGUGGGUGGGGCAGUAUGGAACAACCCUUAAAUACAAAGGGCUCUUCUUUUCAGACCGGUUAUUCACGAUGGACACCCGUGCACUGAACCAUGUUCUCACACAUAGUAGCGAUUACCAGAAACCGUCACAAGUCCGGUAUAAUCUUGCUAGAAUUGUGGGCGAAGGUGUCCUAUUCGUUGAAGGAGCUCAACAUCGUCAGCAGAGAAGGAUCAUGAACCCCGCAUUUGGACCUGCUCAGAUACGCACGCUAACGGACAUAUUCUUCAGUAAAUCGAUCAAGCUUCGAGACGUCUGGUCUACCAUGACCGUUAGUGAACACGCAGCUCGGAUAGAUGUCAUGCCCUGGCUGAGCAAAAUGACGUUGGACGUCAUCGGACUUGCAGGUUUUAACUAUGAGUUUAACGCCCUGAAUGCAACCGAUACACCAAAUGAGCUUAAUCAGGCUUUCUCGGUUAUGUUUUCUGCUAGUCAGCAGAUUAGCAUCCUCCCAAAGCUUAAGGCAUGGAUUCCAUUGCUCCGAUGGAUUCCCUCUGAUCGUGAUCGCAAGAUAGAUGCAGCCCAAAACACGAUGGGUCGCAUCGGCAGCCAGCUCCUGCAUAAUGCUAAAGCCGCUGUCAUAUCCUCUCUCAGCGCUAAAAAAGGUGAUUUCAUUGAGAAGAGCAGUCUUCAAGGGCGCGAUUUACUCGGUUUGCUCGUUCGUGCCAAUAUGGCCACUGAUAUUCCGGAAAACCAGAGGCUAUCGGACGAGGAUGUACUUGCACAGGUUCCGACUUUUUUGGUUGCAGGGCAUGAGACCACGAGCAUGGCAACAACUUGGGCACUCUAUGCGCUCUGCCUACGCCCGGACAUUCAAACCAAGCUCCGGGAGGAACUCUUGACAGUGGAGACCGAGACUCCGUCCAUGGAUGAACUCGUAGCGCUCCCGUAUCUUGAGGCGGUCGUACGCGAGACACUUCGUUUGCACGCCCCUGUCCCUAGCACAAUUCGGAUCGCCAUGAAAGACGACAUCCUUCCAGUGGACACGCCUUUUACGGACAAAUAUGGAGUGGUUCAUAAUGGGAUCAAGAUCAGCAAGGGGGACCCAAUUUUUAUUCCCAUCUUGGCAAUCAACAGAUCGGAGGCGAUUUGGGGCACCGAUGCAAAAGAGUUCAAUCCUGACCGCUGGGCAUCACUUCCAGAGGCAACAUCACAAGUUCCUGGGGUCUGGGGACAUCUCAUGACGUUCCUUGGUGGUCCGCGUGCAUGUAUUGGGUAUCGCUUUUCAUUAGUGGAGUAUGUUUGCCGCAGCCUUCCAUUUUAUUUCCACCGAUAAAGACCUUUUACAGGAUGAAAGCACUUCUCUUUACCCUGGUUCGAGCUUUCGAGUUCAAGCUUGCUGUUCCUGCUUCGGAUGUCGGAAAGAGGUCUUCAAUCGUACAGAGGCCGUUCUUGCGCAGUGACCCAAAGAAUGAACACCAACUUCCUCUGCUGGUUAAGCCGUAUUGCAAGACCACAAACCUUUCGUGAUGAUAUUCUUUAAUUCUAUAAUACUUUGGAAAUGACGAAACACCACUGUAAUGUUUCCUAAUAGAAAAAUAAUCGCAACAGCAGCUUUCU